AUGUCAAUGUUCAGAUCUGCCGCCGACAGCUCGUCCUCGGAUUCUGAGUCUAGCUCGAGUCACGAUGGCAUUGAAACUGCUGAGGUUACGAUUGACUCCGCGGCGCAGAAGACCCAGAAAAAGGGCAAGAGCACAACAACUCCGCCACUCUUGACCCGGGGAGAUCAUGAACCUGGUGAUCAAGGCAGUAUAGAGGGGCUUGAUGUUGGCGCGGAUCGCCAUUCCAGCAUGUUGACGGCCGCACUCCUUGAGUUCUUUUGCAUUACGCGGGCUACAGAUAUACUCAAUAUCCAGCAACCUCAUAUGCAAUACUCGCGCGAUUCCCCAGAAUCACAGGCCCUGGGAAAGAGGAUGUACGAGCAUAAAUCCCAAUUCCUGUCAUCGCGCGGCGUUGUGGCCACCGGUGUGCACAAAGAGGAGCUGGGGCCUGCUAGGCAGUAUUACCGGGACAACCUCGAUCUAUUAGGCAUAAGCGCAUUGGAGGAUCUGAACAUAGGCGAUAUUCAGGGACAGGUGUCACCUCUGGACUCUGAUGGAAAGCUUGCUCUAGCCCCGAAACCCUCGAAUACCAUGCAGAUUCUUUCGAAUCCAGGCUACGCCAGUUUGCCAUCGCCCAAAUUUCGCGCUCCUCCAAGACACCCUGGCUUUGGUAGAGAUGCAAUUAAGAACUUUCGACUUGAUUUGAGUAGUCUGCCAGCUCUCUCAUCGCCACUUUCUGGAAACUCACCUGUGGGCUUUCCGCUCUUCGACCAAAACACACAGACACCGACUGAAAAGACGUCGCGCUAUGCCUCGGAGUUUUCAGAAGUCAAUAUCGUCGGUCGUGGAUCAUUCGGGGAGGUUUACCACGUGAUAAACCAUAUCGACGGACAGAGUUAUGCCGUGAAGAAGAUCCCGAUCAGUCAGAGACGCCUUGAACAGUUACAGUGUGGGGGUGAAAACCAGCUUGAAGCAAUCAUGAAGGAGAUCAGAACACUCGCUCGGCUCGAACACAAGAAUGUAGUGAGGUACUACAGUGCGUGGGUGGAAAAAGCUCGUCUAGCAAGUUAUGUGCCACCGGACCCGCAAGGAUCAGUGAAGACCGAAGAUACCCAGACUGAGUCCUUGACUCUCGAUUCUCAUGAUGAUCAGAGCUUUGGAGUUGUUUUCGGGCACUCUGAAGAUUCGGCCGCAGACAUCAAAUCCGAACCUUUGGGAGAAGAUGAUGAAGAGAUUGAGUCAAUUCCUCGCGAUUUCACGGGCCCGUCACUGUCGACAUUUGGCGGUACUGACAAUGACAUCUUCACCGAUGGCCUCAGUAAUGACGCAUCACAGCUGCAGGUGCAGCGGAGACCUCGUGAUGCCCCAGCUCUUGUUCUUCACAUCCAAAUGUCGCUUCAUCCUAUCUCACUUGGCUCGUACCUUAGCCCCGAGCCCGGUAAGGCAGCACUGGACCAUGAAGAAAUCCCACGGCGCCAUUGUUUCCACCUUGUUCCGUCUCUUAAGAUGAUGAUGCGCAUUAUUUCCGGUGUUGAUUAUCUUCACGCGAAAGGCAUCGUCCACCGGGAUCUGAAACCAGCAAAUAUCUUUCUUUCCUCUCCUGAAACUAAGCGCCUUGACGGAUGCCUUCCAUGCGAAUCGGCGCACCAAACCUCUUUACGAUACUGCCAUCCUCGCAUCGGUGACUUUGGACUCGUCGCCGACAUCUCACACAUUACCGAACAAUCCCCAACAACUCCCACGUCAGCGCUUCAAAGCGGCGCGAAGGUGCACCGUGUUGUCGGAACCGAGUUCUAUCGCCCGCCCUUCGUGAACAGUGAAGCCGGCACCCCCACUGACCCCGGAAACCCAAACACUCCCUCUUUCUACACCAUCGACGAAUCCCUCGACAUCUACGCCCUGGGAGUGAUCCUGUUCGAGCUCCUGUAUCGCCUAAACACCAAAAUGGAGCGCCAGCUGGUCCUCUCCGACUUGACCCGUGCUCCACAAGGACAGACCCCCACCGGCCCAUCCUUCCCUACUGAUUUCGCUCACAAAGUCGACAUGGGUGAUCUGGUCCUCGACAACGGCUCCUCUAUCGCUGAUUCUCUGAUGGCUUGCAUUCGCGGCAUGAUGGAUCCUCUCCCCACCCAGCGCUGGACCUGCAUGCACACCAAGAAGUAUCUGCAGGACAUCUUGGCUGUUGCGGAGAAGGCAUGUGCCGAAUCAUUUACCCACGCAGAGUAA